AUGCGCAAGUUCGAGAUCGUCAAGCAUCUCCAGGGUCCCGGCCAUCCCUCCACCGUGAUUGGUGACGGUGCACAUGACGCCUCCUCUCUCCCCCGCGUCAACGUCGGUAUCACUGUCGAGGGUGCCAUUGACGCCGCUCGUGGUGCCGCCAUCAUUGUCGUCACAGAGCCUGUUCUCUCGAGGAUCGUUCAUGCCAUCCGCGUUUCGUGUAUCAUCUUGCGGUACACGCGCAACUACGCCAUCUAUACCUGCGCCGUCAAUUUGUACUUCGUCUGCUUCGCCAUCCUUGCAUUCUGCUACUGUUUUGAAACCCCGUGUCAUGGUCCUGAUCACCGCCCUCCUUCACGACGGUACCAUCUUCACGCUCUUGCUCGUCCGCAUCUUGCCCUUCAGGAUCCCGAAAUCCUAAGACACAACAGACGUUUUCGCCUACGCCAUCGCGUACGGUCUCUACCUCACCCUGUCGAUGUAAGCAAUUUCUGUCCGUUUGUCUUGAUCUUCACGCUGACACGUCGUUCACGAUCGCGCUUGUCGUCAUCAUCAAGGAGACGACCUUCUUCCAGUGCUGCGGUCGUCGCGCCCUUCUCCAUCGAAUUGAACGAUCGGCAAUCGCACUCGAUCUACCACCUCCAGGCCGCCCUUAUCUCGCAGGCGCUCAUUUUCGUCACCCAUUCCCACGAGUUCUUCUUCGUGGAGCACCCGUCGUACACGCUUAUCUGCGCGUUCUACUUAGCCAAGCUCGUGCCGACGAUCAUCACCAUCCACGCUGAUUGA